UGGUCGGCUGUGUCUUUCUAUUCCAGUCUCCACCUCUUUUGUUUCUCCUCCUUCCUCUCAAAUUCUCAAUUCUUCCAUUCCAUUCCACAGUGACAGUGUUAACAGUGCAUUGCAGCGCCGCAGACGACGAGUCCGGGGCCUUCUCUUCGUCUUCUCCGGUGAAGCAAUGGCCGUUGAAGAGGACUCCGUUGAACAAGUACUUGCAGCGCGUCAAGAGAGGCUAAGAGCUCUUAAAGCUGCUCAGGAACUGUUAAACACUCCAGAUGAGGAUUCCGCUCAAGCUCACGAUAACACUAAUGAAAACAAUGCAAUUAGUGACGAAGCUAAUGCCAACAUGAAAUUCCGAAAUUAUGUUCCUCAUGAUAAGCAGCUUCAGGGGGGAAAGCUUGUUCCACCGGUGCUGCCAAAGUUUGAAGACCCUGUUGCAGCAGUACCUCCUCUAUCAGAGAAGAAAGAGGACCCAUUUGUGAAUAUUGCUCCUAAAAAACCAAACUGGGAACUUCGCAGGGAUGUGCAGAAGAGGCUUGAUAAGCUUGAAAAGCGAACACAAAAGGCAAUGCUUAAACUUAUGGCAGGGGAACAAGAGAAGCAAAAGCAAUUGGAUAGAGAUGGCGGAAAUGGUGGAGAAGACUAGAAUUGACUUUUCCUGACCCUGGCACCUGAAAAACAAAAAGGGGAAAAGGAGAAAAAAUCACAUAAGCUCUUCGAGUUAAACAUCAGACCUUCCCCGCUCACUUUUAAACAUGUUGAAUAGAGAUUUGUACCUGUUUGCAAGUAGUGACUUGGAAAUCUGCUUCUUUUAGCUUUAUUAUUGAUGAUAAACUCUGAGUUCUGCAUUUGUUGAAACUGAAUGUAUUCUUGGUAUUUUCGCCAAACAACGAAAAUGGUGUCAAUAGACUCCAUACAAACAUCCACA